AUGGCGAAAGAAGCCCAGUCGCUCCACGAGCUGGACAACAUGAAGGAGAAGGAAGUGGACCAAGAAAAAAAGGCACCGACAUCUGUCGGGGACCAGGAAGAACACGACGACCCCAAAAAGCAGGCUUCUCAUAGUCAGAACGUGAGCGAAAAUGGCCUUGUUGAUGAAGCUGCACAAGAAGCGCCCGAGGAUGAGUCACAGUACCCUGGCCCCUUGGCCAUGGCCGUCAUCAUGGUGGCCAUCUCCAUGGGCAUGUUUUUGGUCUCCCUGGAUCGAACCAUCAUCUCAACAGCCGCUCCGACGAUUACGGAUGAAUUCCACUCCCCCACAGACAUUGGGUGGUAUGCUAGCGCGUACAGCUUGACGGGCUGCGCCAUGCAGCUGCCGCUCGGCCGUUUCUACAAAUUCUAUUCACCGAAGUGGGUCUACAUGUCACUCGUCUUUAUUUUCGUCAUUGGGUCAGCUGUGGGGGCUGGAGCCAUGAAUUCCAACACCGUAAUCGUCGGUCGCGCCAUCCAGGGCAUCGGCCUGGGUGGCGUUCUCUCCGGAUCCACGAUUUUGAUUGCCGAGAAUGCCCCACUCCACCGGCAGCCAAUGUUUCUGGGCAUUCUCAUGGCCACCAUGAGCAUCUCGGCCAUUGUCGGACCUCUUAUCGGGGGUGCCUUGACAACCCACACGAGCUGGCGCUGGUGCUUCAUACUCAACAUACCCAUUGGCGGGGCCAUCAUCGCCGUUCUCUUCUUCUUUGUCAAGGCACGCGAGGGCAAGGAGCAGAGGGCCCAAGGAUGGGUAGAAAAGAUUCGCCAGCUGGAUCCUCUGGGCUCUGCCUUGCUCUUGCCCGCCGUUGUCUGCCUCAUCCUUGCCCUCCAAUGGGCCGGAUCCCAGUACAGCUGGGAUAACUGGCGAAUCAUCCUGCUAUUCGUGUUUGGAGGUUUGCUGUCCAUCGGCUUUGUCGUCUCGCAGAUGCUUCGGCCCGACACGGCAACGGUACCUCCCCAUGUCGUUUGUCAGCGAACCGUCUUUGGAUCGUUUCUAUUCUCAGCCAUGACCGGAGGCGCCAUGCUGGUUGUCACGUACUGGAUAUCGGACUGGUUCCAAGCCGUACAGAAUGUCAGCGCGGCUCAAGCUGGUAUCAGGACGAUUGCCCUCGUCUUAUCGCAGGCCGUUGGCGCCAUCAUGGGAGGAGGAUCCUCUCGUUUGAUUGGAUAUCCGCCCCCCAUCAUGAUGAUCAGCGCCACCUUUAUAGCCGUCGGUGCCGGUCUCCUCACCACGUUGAACGUCGACACCAAGUCGGCCAACUGGAUCGGCUAUCAGAUCCUGAUGGGUCUGGGUCUGGGAUUCGGAACGCAGCAAGCAUCCUUGGCAGUGCAGACUGUUUUGAAGAAGGAUGACAUCCCCACCGCCAUUUCUCUCAUUUUCUUUGGAAUGCAGCUUGGUGGGUCGAUUUUUGUCUGCAUUGGCCAGAACGUGUUCAACCAAGUGUUUGUGAAGCUUCUCGGACAGGCAGCCAUUCCGGGUCUCGACACUGACCUCGUGUUGAGAACCGGCGCGACUGAAAUCCGACAGCUGGUCCACAACGACGCCGACCUGUCCAAGCUUGUCACUACCUACAACACUUCGGUCACGUCUACGUUUUAUGUUGCUUUAGCAGCAGGGAUCACUUCCAUGCUCAGUGCUUUCCUCGUCCAGUGGAAGAGCGUCAAGAAUGUUGAGCCCGUACACUGA